CAGGUAAAAUUUACUAUUUAACCAUUAUACUGUGUCAUUGGGGCUCUGUUCUCUCUAGUUAAUAAUUGAAGAUGAUGAUUCUCUCUCUUUUGUUUGCUCUUUUAUUAUGUCUGCAAUUAGGUCAUGGAGAGAGUUAUAAUAAUUCUGCUACUAGUUUUUACUUUGGAUUAAUGACAAGCAGUGGAUAUCUUACAAUUUCGACUUUGUCUCCUCUCAAUGUCACAUAUAACAUCACUAUUGAAUCGUUCAAUUAUACUCGAAAUGGAACAGUAACAAAGAAUAGACCAGAUCCAUAUGUAUAUCUUUCUUGGCACUUCCGUACACAAUCCAAUUCUUUUGCAGAUCGAUUUAAGGGAAUUCAUUUGACUAGUGAUCAACCAAUAAGUGUAUCAUUUUCCGAUUAUUUCUCUGAGUAUCUCAUUUUACCAUAUCAUGAGUACCCAGGGGUUAGUCAGUAUGAAUAUUAUGCUGUUUCUACUAGUAGUUAUUAUAACUAUACUCUUAGUCAAGUUCUUCUUGUUGGUUGUAUUAAUAAUACUGUCAUUAAUAUUAUACCAACAGUUGAUCUCUUCAUUCCUAUUGAUGUACAGAAGAAUGGCAGUGAUGAUAUAUUAGUAACUAAAGGUAACUCUCAUACUAUUACACUACAUGAGGGACAGACGCUAUUGCUGGGUAAAGGGAAUGGAAGUGAUAUAUCAGGAACACACUUUAUUUCUAAUAAACCACUGACUGUUAUUACUGGUCACCAGUGUGGCAGUACUCCUGAUAUGAUAGAAACGCCUUCUUGUCAUGAGAUGCAGUUACAAGCUCCUCCAGUAAUAACUUGGGGUAAAAGAUUCAUUCUGACAAAUUUUAUUAACCCUUAUUUUGACAGCACAUACUCUUCUUAUGUGAAGACAGUCACUUCACAAGCCAACACUAGUAUAACAAUACAUUGUGAUGGAGCCACUAACACUACAAGAUACUCUACUAAUGGUGCAAUUGGUACAUAUCAGUAUAACAUAACUGAAUAUUGUUAUGUGGAAGCUGAUAAACCAAUAGUUGUUGUCCUGUUCCCUCACUCAUAUUUCUAUUAUAUAUCUACUAUGGUAUUGAUACCACCAAUAGAACAAUAUUUUCAAGAG